AGGGCCUUGGAGACAUUGUCCAGAUGAAAUUUGAGGGCAAUUCGAAGUGGUAUUGUAGCCAUAUUGUAGUAAAAGACCCCGCCGGAAAAUGCAUUGAAUUCCCCUUUUAUGGCUGGAUAGAUGAAAAUGAAGUGAUUAUCAGAGAGGGCAGUGCUCGACUACCUCAGGAUGACAACGAAUUGUUUAAAAAGGAAAGACAAGAAGAACUGGAAUCUAGAAGGACAAUAUUCAGAUGGAACGAGUGGCGCCCGGGCUUUCCUCAGUCCAUAGAUGCCAAACUGACAGAUCUUCCUUUGGACGUUAAGUUUGAUGGAAUGAAACAAUACGAAUUCAUGAUACAUUUCCUUGCAGUGGUUUUCGAAGCAGGCGUGGACAAAUUCUUAGGUUGCUUUGAGUCCUGGAAAGAUAUAACAGAUUUUGAAAAGAUAUUUGGAGUAAUCUACCAAAAGGACACUACACUAGUGAAUCUAAUCCAAGACUGGAAUACGGAUUACAUGUUUGGCUAUCAGUUCCUGAAUGGCUGCAAUCCUGUCAUGAUCCAGAAAUGUGUGGAACUUCCAAACAAAUUUCCAGUCACACAUGAGAUGGUGAAGGGCUCUCUGCAGAGAGGUCUCACGCUACAAGAGGAAAUAGAGAAAGGAAACAUCUACAUAGCGGAUUAUGAAAUCUUGGAGGGAUUGCCAGCCAAUAGAGUAAAAAAAACCCAGUUCUUUUUGACUGCACCCAUCUGCCUACUGUACAACAACAAACAGGACCAAAUUGUGCCAAUUGCCAUUCAGCUCAGUCAAACAACAGGGGAAACAAGCCCAAUCUUUCUCCCAGACGAUAAAGACGAUUGGAUGCUUGCCAAGAUGUGGGUGAAAUCUUCUGACUAUAAUGUACACCAGCUGGUCACACACCUUCUGAAGACUCAUCUGAUAUCAGAGGUUUUUGAAGUGGCCAUGUACAGACAGCUCUCUGCGGUCCACCCUGUAUACAAGUUACUGAUACCUCAUGUCCGUUUCACAAUUGCGAUCAAUGCAGAAGCCCGUAAUUUUCUUGUCAGUGAUGACGGAGUCUUCAGCAAGAUUAGUAGCAUAAGUGGAGAAGGGAUUGAGAUACUGAUAAAAAGGGCCAUGGAGACUUUAACCAUCAAGUCCCUGUAUUUCCCUGAGACCAUAAAAGCUCGAGGAAUGGAAGAUGCACCCAAUUACUAUUAUAGAAACGAUGGCAUGCUGAUCUGGGAGGCAAUAAACUGUUUUGUUGCUGAUGUGGUCGGGAUUUACUAUGACAGCGAUGAAAAGGUUCAACAAGAUGUGGAGAUUCAAGGAUUUGUUAAGGACGUUUCCAUCUGUGGCAUGCAGGAUUUACCGGGUGACAAGUUUCCACAGUUUUUGAAUACUCGAGCGGAGCUAAUCAAGUACCUGACUGCUGUGAUAUUUACAGCUUCAGCACAACAUGCUGCAGUCAACUUUGGACAGUUUGACUGGUAUGCCUGGAUCCCCAACAGUCCUUCCACCAUGCGCAAGCCACCACCUAUAAAGAAGGGCGAAGCAGAUCUGAAAUAUAUAAUGGAUUCUUUGCCUGAUCGUGGUUGUUCCAGUGAGGUUCUAGGAACAACUUGGGCCCUCAGUCGGUUCCAGGAAAAUGAGCGAUACUUAGGCAUGUAUCCAGAUAUGUACUUCAUGGAGCCAGAAGCGCAGGAGGCCAUUAAGAACUUUCAAAAGAAACUGGACGAGGUGACCGACAAGAUCAAGCACCGGAAUGAAGGAUUACCAAUGGCUUAUUCUUAUUUGUCCCCAAACAAAAUCCCCAACAGUGUUGCAAUUUAAGAAAAUACUUCUAGAAACAU